AUGUGGAAACUCAACAGGCAGUGUGUUGGUGUCAAAGCGGCAUGGCUCAAGUCGAUUCGCAAGCUGACGCUGCAGCAGGUGGAUUUCGGGAGUCUGAGCUUCCAGCUUCUCCAGUCCAUCACGCCGCAGCUGCACGAGUUCACGCUCUAUGAGGAUGGCAACGUGCUUCGUGAACAUCCCCGCGUGCCCUCCACCAGCCGCCUCGCCUUCUCCCUCCCCAACGCCCGCCUCCUCCGUUUUCGCUUUGCCAGAACUGAGCUUCACCUCACCCUCUCUAUCUCCCCAGCAGAACUCAAGACUCUCUCAGUUGUGGCCAAACGGCUGGUCCUUUCCUGCAAGAGCACUGCCCCUCUCGCUCUCGACCACCUCUCGCUGUACUGCCAGGAGCGCCUCGACAUCUCCUCCCUUCGCCUCGCAUCCGCCCGGGUUGUCUACUUGGACGGACCUGCCAAUGACCAAGAGGGUUUCUCCUGGACCGAAUGGCUUGGCAUUAUAGCGCCAACAGUGGAGGUGCUUAUAGUGAGGCACGAGGUGCCUAUAAAGAAGGUCGAUGCAGAGUGGGGGAUGCUGCGGAGCCUUGGGAUUGUCGUGCCCCCAUGGGACAGGGAUGCCCGUGGAAACAACCAGAGUAUGGGAAUGGGCACAGAUGGUGGUGAGUGUGAGGAGCAUUUAGACGAUGGCAGGUUGCGGUUUUCUUGGGCCGAUGACCCGGGUUAUUUUAGCGAAGAGCCAGAUGAGGAAGUGGAUGAGGAUGACUAUUUGUUUGAUGAUGCUGCUGAUGAUGAGGAUGAUGCUGAUGAUGCUGAUGAUGAUGAUGCUGAUGAUGAUGAUGAAUAUGGUGGUGUUUAUGGUGUUGGUGGUUUUGGUGGUGAUGACUAUGACCGGCAGUUUUUGGAAAUGUAUGGUCCAGCCAUAAACGCCAAGAUAAGGGAACGGGAGCGGUUGCUGAAGGCCGUCUUCAAGCCACCGUCCAUCCGCGCUCCAAAUCUGCAGUUCCUCUUCUUCCCCACCCGCAAGGCGUGUAAUGCACCCACUCUGGCUGCACUGCGGCAGGACUACCCCGCCCUGGCGCUCUACUGUGUGGUGGACCGCUCCUUCUACUGGGAGAGGAAAGGGGUGCCUUUGAGCAAUGGGCCGCUGGAGCAUGUGAGGCAGGCUAAGAGCGGGGUGUGGGAUGAAGAAGAGGAGGAGAAGCGGCCCAAGAAUAUGAGGGAGGAGAUGCAUCACGUGAACAGGAAGCUGGUGGAGGGGUACUGUGCUGAGGAGGACCAGGUGUACGUGCUGCAGUACCAGCAGAAGUGA